GUGGAACCCAUGCAUAUGCAAUUAUACUUAACCCAAUUGAUAGCUCGUGAUUGCUUCCCGAGUCAUUUAAAUUGGCGUCGUGGCAUUUCAAAGAGUCAGAGUUUUACUGAGAUAUACGUGAUAAGCUGCUAUAACGUAGCUAAAUUUCGAACUCCAGUACAUGCAAAUCAAUCUAGUCGCUGACCUCUUUAUAGACGUUACAACCUAAAUACCCAUAUCUAUUUCACUUGUCAGGGUUCAAGCACCUGUGGGGAUUCCAGCCAGGAGGAUUCAGUCUGUCAUCAAUUCACAAUACAUCAGAAUAAUCCCUCAGAUUCAAUCACAAUCUUCCCCUAGAGGAUGCUUCAGCUCACCACUUCCUUAUAUAGCUCUCUGAGUUUGCAGUACUAUGGUAUUUCUCACUUGAAUCGCCACUUG